GCCGCCAGAUGUGCCCGAUCUUAGCCGCGCAGGGAUCUCCCGGCAGGCGCCGAUUAUCAGCAGGGGCUUGGCAUGAGGCUGCAGUCGUUAUCGAUGACGUAGUACCUUUAAUUGAUGAUCGGCUAGUGACAGGUACCUUUCACGUUCCAUGGUGUAGUGCUGGUCGUUCAGGUCGUGCCUGGGUUGCCGGAGCUCCAAUUCGUCAUUGGAGACGGCAUUGUUUUGUUUAUAAGAAUGUGACGGUGUCAGCUUUGUGUAGCUUCCUUCCCUUUUGCUUACCCAUAUUCUUCCUUCCAUAAUAAACAACAGACACAUUCGUCAACACCAUUCGGACUCAGAUCCUUGAACAUUCAUCUUCCACUCAACAACAAAUCUACUCAUCAGCAAUCAUGGGGAACGAUUCCAUCUCAACAUACGCGUUUGCGAGUCUGGGCUGGCUCUCCCUUCAGGCAGUGCCGCUUAUCGUUUGGCCAACCUUCAUCAGCUCGAUGCUCACAGAGAACGGCGGACACGCUCAUGCUCCUGCUGUGGUAAAUGUCGUUGAGACAUACUUUGCCCGCUACCUCGGUUUCUCCCAAUUGGCCAUCGGCCUCCUCAUCGUCACCCUAUCCGGUGCUCUACCACUCACCACCAAGGUGACCUCCCCAGACGACGCCAACUCCCCCUACGCCAACGCCGUCGUCUUCAUCUCCAUGUUCUACCACGUCAUCGGCGCCGCCUACGGCUACAGCCGCUACACCAGCAGCGGCGGCCACGUCGGCUACCUGCUCGGCUUCACUGGCAGCGCCAUCAUGUCCGCCUACGCCCUGUGGCUCUGCAUGUUCGCCAACGAGCACGCCAAGGUCAAUGCUGCGACCGGUGCUGACAAGAGGACGAGCAACUUUCCCUUCAAGAAUGCCGAGGCUGAGAAGAGAUUUGAUGGUGACAAGAAGAGGGUUACUCGCAAGGCGAUCUAAGCAAUCAGCUUGAUUGUUUUGAGUUCUGUUGCGUGUGUACUAAGAGAAAGGGGGUCCCUUGAAAGGAAGGGUUCCUGACCUGAUGAUU